AUGUCUCGUUCGGUCCCCAACUCAGAGAUAUUCAGCUUCCUGUCCCAGAGGACAGAAGACUCUAGGACAUUCACAACAGCGGCGAUCAGCUGGCGGGAGGCGAGGACGAGGCGGCCGGCACGUCGGCGUCCGAGGGUCUGGAGGAGGGCGAGGUGGAGGGGAGACCCUCCUCAUCGUGGAGUCGGAGGUCAGGGCUCGGUGGAUCUGUCCCACGACCAGAGCGGGGACUCUCUGACCAGCGACCUGGGCGAGGAGGCCGACGGGGGCUGGGCCUGCGAGGACAUGUCCUUCUACUGCGACCGCUGCCACAAGUGGGUCCCUUCAGCUCAGCUCAGAGGGGAGCAGCCCAGCUACCUGAAAGGAGACAACUUCUUUAAAUUCAUCUGCUCCGACUGCUCCGAGGACGGAAAGGAGACCUUCGAGAGGAUGAGACUCACCUGGCAGCAGGUGGUGAUGUUGGCCAUGUACAAUCUGUCUCUGGAGGGGACGGGCCGACAGGGCUACUUCAGGUGGAAGGAGGACAUCUGUGCUUUCAUUGGCCGACACUGGAACUUCCUGCUGGGAACGAGGUCACUUUAACUUUGGUUUAACAUCGUCUCACUUCCUGUUUCUCACUGAACAGCAACUAUCAUAUAACUAUAACUAUCAUAUAACUAUAACUAUCAUAU